AUGCCAGAGCAACCAUUGUCUCUAUCGGGUUUCCCGAGCUACAGGCUUCGGUACGACACCCCGUCGCCGAUUCAUCAACUCACUACACUCUCAGCCACGGCAGCAUUCAAUGAUAAAAUCUCGAUCCAGACAUGGAUCAAGCGCGACGAUCAGUCGUCGCCUAUGCUGUGCUGCGGUAACAAGUAUCGCAAGCUGGAAUACAUCAUCCCGGAUAUCCUCGCGAAGCCUGGCGUCACCACUAUCGUCACCGAAGGUGGCCUGCAGAGUAAUCAUGCAGCCCAGACUGCUGUUGUGGCAGCAAAGCUCGGCCUCGAGUGCGUGCUUCUGCUGAACGAAGAAGCCGGCGGCCUGAAAACUGCCGAAAACCAGACAAUCUUCAGAUCGACAGGGAAUGUGCCAGUGUUCGAUCUCCUUGGCGCAAAUGUUCAUAUUCAGCGUGAUCCUCACGAUAAAAUUGCGGUUCUACAGGCGCUCAAGGCUGAAGGCAAGGUGCCUUACUGGAUACCGAUGGGCUCUAGCCAACACCCCCUGGGCGGACUCGGGUAUACCAACUGCGCGUUGGAGAUACAAGAGCAAGAGAAGACCCUCAAACUCGGAGGCACGGGUCGUUAUGAUUACAUCUUUGUCGCUUGCGGAAGUGGGAGUACACUUGCCGGCUUGGUCACUGGAUUUAAACUCCUCGAAUCGUCGCUGCCCGACAAGCUAUCUGUGCCCGAAAGACAGCUGAUCGGAGUCAUGGUGGCACCCAUAACAGGCCAGGAGGAAGUGGUGUUGCAGAUUGCCAGGAAUGCCGGUAAGUUGAUUGGGCUGGAUCCGGAACGCGACAUCGCGGCUGAGGAUAUCCGCCUUGACCAUCGUUUCGCUGGUCCCGGAUACGGUGUGCUGGAUGAAGAGACCCGAAAGACUUUGAAGACUUUGGCUUGCCGCGAAGGAAUCUUGAUGGAUCCUGUGUACUCUGGAAAGGCUGCCAAAGGGCUGGUUCACUGGGUCAACAGUGGCGAACUUCAGAGCGACGCCACAAAAGUCGGACAUCAACCGGGUGAAACGGUCAAUGUUCUGUUCAUUCAUACUGGCGGCCAGAAUGUCUCUUCUGCGUAUGCUGCUUGA